GUCCAGUCCGUGUCUCGUCCCACUCAGCCUCGCGCACAGUUGACAGUGAUCAGCCUCAGUGAUCAGCCCACUCUGUCAGGCUCAGAGAAACACGCUCCCGCUCACAGUCCGCCUCACCGUCCACAGCAGCGCACUUUCAACUUUAAACCAGGAGAAUCUCGUUUGUUUUUGAGUCUUUUGUCUCGACUCUCGCUGCACCAUGUCCGGAGAAGACGCACCUGCCCAACAGCAGAACGCCGCGGACCAGAAACAGGAGACCAAACCCGCGGAGGAGCCAAAGUCCGAGUCUGAAGCCAAAACUGAUGCCAAAACUGAAGCGGCCGAAGCAGCACCGACUCCUGCAGCCGCCCCCGACAAGGCCCCGGAGGAGGAGGCGUUCACCUACCGCGCGCUCGUGCUCACGGGGUACGGCGGCUAUGAUAAAGUCAAGCUGCAGGUGAAGAAGGGGAAACCCGCGCUCAAAGCUGGAGAGAUCCAGGUGCGCGUCAAGACGUGCGGACUCAACUUUGCGGAUCUCAUGGCCAGACAGGGGCUGUACGACCGGAUGCCCUCCCCGCCCGUCACCCCCGGGAUGGAGUGCGCGGGGGUCGUGGAGGCGGUGGGAGAGGAGGUGACCGACAGAAAAGUCGGGGAUAAGGUGAUGGUGCUGAGUCGGUUUGGGCUGUGGCAGGAGGUGGUGGUGGCUCCAGUGAAUCACACCUUCUUGAUCCCAGACAACAUGAGCUUUGAGGAGGCCGCGGCGUUCCCCGUCAACUACAUCACGGCCUACAUGAUGCUGUUUGACUUCGGACACCUGAGGCCCAACCAGAGCGUGCUCAUCCACUCCGCCGCAGGUGGCGUGGGCACGGCCGCCACACAGCUGUGUAAAACAGUGAGUGAUGUCACCGUGUUUGGGACGGCGUCGGCUUCUAAACACGAGGCGCUCGCCGAGGCCGGAGUCACGCACGCCAUCGACUACCGCACCAAGGACUAUGUGGAGGAGGUGCGCAAAAUCAGCCCCAAAGGGUGUGAUAUCGUCCUGGAUCCACUGGGAGGAUCAGACACUCACAAGGGCUACAACCUGCUCAAGCCAAUGGGCAAACUCGUCACCUACGGUGCGGCCAACAUGUUGGCGGGGCAGAAGAAGAACCUCAUCGCCGUGGCGAAGAACUGGUACCAUCAGUUCUCCAUCCACACGCUGAGUCUGAUCCAGGGGAACAAGUCCGUGUGCGGCUACCACCUGGGCUACCUGGACGGAGAGACGGAGCUCAUCACUCAGACCAUGAGCAACCUCCUGGACCUGUACAAGCAGGGCAAGAUCAAGCCCCGCAUCGACUCCACCUGGCACCUGGAGCAGGUCGGCGAUGCCAUGAGGAAGAUGCAGGAACGGAACAACAUCGGCAAAGUCAUCCUCACCACGGAGCCAAUGCCCGAAGAGGAAAAACGAGAGGAGGCCAAGAAAGAGGAGAAGAAAGACGAGAAGAAGAAGGAUGACAAGAAGAAGGAUGACAAGAAGAAGGACGAUGGCAAGAAGAAGGAGGAGAAGAAGGAAGAGAAGAAAGAGGAGAAGAAAGAUGAGAAGAAAGAGGAGAAGAAGGAGGAGGAGCCUAAGAAGGAGGAGAAGUGAAGGACUGUGGGUAAUAGAGUUUGUCUUGGGAAUGGGGGGCAUGGUCUGGUGUGGUGUAGGAGGCAGUGUUGGGAAGGAACUAAAUACAUGUACUCAAAAUACUCAAUAAUUUUAGAGUAACUGUAUUCUGGGAGUUACUCUUUCGUUUGGAGGUAUUUUGGCUUUGAUCCACACGAUAUUAGAGAGAAAAAUGUACUUUUACAUAGAAAAUGCCACAAUGCAACUCUAAGUUUUCAGAACACAGUACUCUGAUUGGCCCAUAUAUCAGAAUGUUACAUAAUACUUUUUACUUUUUAAUGCUGUAUUCAGUAUUUUGUGACUAAAUAUAUUUUCAAAGUUUCCUUCCCAACAGUGAGGAGGCCGGUGCGUUUGAAUGGAGGUUAUGUAAGAAGUGUGUUACGAUUCACUGUUACCGAAAAUGUCAUUAAGCCCAUAAAGGUGGAAUAAUUUUAUUUUAAGAUUAUCAUUUUGAAGGUAGAUUUUGUCCUCUGCUUUUGCUUGUUCUACCAGCUGACAGCGACUCCAUUUUGAUUUCAUAAUCUCGUUUGACACAUCUGUAAUUAGCUGUGUUUUGACAAGCCUUAAUUACACACUACAGUAACAAAGGCUUGUCAACUUUAACUUUUAUUAAUUUGAAGUUAAAAUGAGAUUAUUCCAACUAUAGGCACAAACGUGUAUGUCACAUCACCACUGUCCACCUCUGUCAUAUUAAAGUGAACGCCACUAUUAUACAAUAUAGCCCCUUUUACAUAGCAACAAACGUAUUCUCAUUUGUGUCCUAUUCGAAAUGCGGAAAUAUGACUUUAACAACUGUAAAAGGCUCAUCUUGUGCAUUUAUUCCUAUCAGAGCCAAGACAAAAAUCACUAAUUUUGGGGUUAAAUAAAAUACAAAUAAUGCUUUUUAACUUGCUUUACCCAAUCGUAUAAGAUUAUACAAGUUCAGUAUCAAGGGGCUACAUGAGGACUGGACGAGACUAGGAUGAGGACUGGAUGAGACCGGGGACGAGACCGGGACGAGACGAGGACGAGACGAGGACGAGGACGAGACCGGGACGAGACCAGGACCAAAAAUUUGAAUUCUGAACACGGCUUAAGAGAGUCUCAUUGGACCACUUGAAUUCUAUUGUUUACCAUAUGUACCUGAAUAUACAAGUCACUACCACUGCCACUGUGGACUUUUUUUUUUGUAGAUCUUGAUUUCCUCAUCUGCUUUUCUCUCUCAGUCUUUAACACUAAAACAGGAUUUGAAAACACUCAUUUCCUUAUAAACUGUGAGUUCUAUGUAAAAGGGGCUGCAUGCUCCUGUGGCCCGGCCCCUGUCACUCAUAUUCUGGCGUGCACAGUCACAUUAACUGGCAUUUACAAAUUAAAUCAAAUAUAUUUCGAUUUUUCCUGACGCAGGUGUGGCAGUUUAAAUAUGCAACACAACCAGGGCUUUUGCACCCGAUUUCUGAGUUCCAUGUAUGCAAAAUCUAUAUGCAAGCCAUGUAUGUAGACACAGUGUAGACACGAGGCCUUACUGGUUGUAACCACAGACUGUUUAUAUAAAUGGACAUAGCUAACCUGCUAGCCACCGCGUUUCAAACAGGAAGUGAUCAUGUGCGCACUUCCGGCUCCAUCAACUUGGCUCCAAUUCACUUUCUGUGUAAAAAACUGUGUCUCCUCAUUGCUAUGCGCCUGCUCCCUGCUAAACCAGAGGUGAAGGGGCGUUACCUUCAACAACCUCGCUCUUGAUUGGCUCUUUGGUUGCUAUGAUACUUGUAAUCGGAAUCCCUGCUCCAAACUCUGCUCCAAAUGUCCCCUAUAACAGCUUUAGCCUCCAUGAGCUUCAUUUGGAGCUGAACUCUGUGGGUGACGUCUCACUCACUCAGUCACUUCUUUACAGUCUGUGGUUAUAACAGGACCCAAACUUGCGCUAUGGCAAUCUAACAUGUGACUUUUAACUGUACCAAAUUAAACUCUGAUUUUUACAAACCUCGACAAUGAGAAGAGCAGAUGUUGAAGCCAAAACGUCACAGAACUCGUCAGAAAAAUGAGUUUAAAAUAUAAGAUUAUCAUCAAACAUCUAUAUUUGCAAAUGGCAGUUAAUACUGUGCAUGUGAAACAGAUUGUAUUUAUGAAAAUGUGGAAGAAUUUAAGACUCUGGCCUUAAAACAUCUGACUCUACCGAUUUCCUUAACAACACCAAUCCAUGUCCACCCCUUAGCCCCGCCCAUUUACCUCCGAGGCCCCUCCCCCUCUGCACUUCGAGUCCUACUGUGCGAAAUGGGUUUGCACCUGUCACUCACCCCCUCCCCUUACUCCACCUCUCACUCCCCUCUCACUCCUCACCCCCUCCCCCAAUCACCCCCUCCCCUCUGCUUCACCCUCAUUUGCCCCAUCUUCUUAAUACCCCUCAUGACCAAUAUUCCCCUUCUAUUGUACCGGACGCAUAGACAAGAAAGAAAACCGGCAAUCUGACCCGAUUUAAAGCUGCACUGUGUCACUUUCUUGCUCGUUUCCAUGGAGAUGUAAUUGCUUUUUCCUGGAAUGUUCCCCAGUAAAAAGAAAAAAACAUAUUUAUCUUGCAUUUAUUCAGUCCCAGGUGUUUGUAAAAGAUGUCUUCUUACUGGGAGCUGGGUGGCCACUCUAUGGAGAUCAUGCGUUUAAAGCCAUACUGUGAAACUUUCCUGACAUCUCCAUAAAAACAAGCGCAUAAAGUUACACAGUGCACCUUUAAAUAUAAUAAUAAUGCAUUGGAUUUAGUCAGUGCUUUUUAGAGACUUACAGAGCACUAUUCAGUCACUCCACACUGUAGUGUAGCCACAGUUGACCUGGGGCAGGCUGAUGGAAGUGUGGCUGCCAAUCUGCACCAUCUGCCCCUCCAACCACCACCGACACUCACAUUCAUACCAGUGUGUGUGGAGUGUCUUGCCUAAGGGCACAGCGACUCUCAUUGAAUCUGUUGUGUCCAGGUGUGAGUCUGUCCAAACACUUGUGUAAAACUCAGACAGAUGCAGUGUGUGAGACGUGUGGAAAAGUCUCUGGACGUCACAGAGCCACAGUGUUGCUCUUGAAUAUGAAUUCUAAUGAGUGUUUCUGUGCAGAUCUGAAAGGACAGACAGAAAUGAUUCGCGGCUCCGUCCCAUAGAUACAGCGUCCCCCAUAGAUACAACAACCAACUGUGGGCCACAAGCCACAGACUCCCAGUGAAAGAGUCUGUGUGAAUGGGGCUUUGUGAAGCAGAGGCAGCCAAAAUCUGGCUUAAUUUUGGCCUCGAAUAAUGUAUAAAUGAUGCUUUGAGACUGGCUUUAGCCAGUCGAAUCAGAUUAUCCAAGUUUAGUAUCAAGGCCGAGACUAGACCAGGACUAAACCAGGACCAGGACUAAAGCAGGACCAAAAGUUACCAUUCUGAACACAGACUAGAGCCAUAUUGGGCCACUUGAAUUGUAUUGUUUACUAUAUGUACCAGAAUAUACAAGUCUGUACCACUGGCAUCAUGGUGUUACUUAAAGCCAGAUGCUCUCAUCGCUCUCCCUCCCUCUUUGCUCUCUCUGUAUCUCUCACUCCCUCCCCCGUCCCUCUCUUGUUCCUCCCUCCCUUUCUCUGUAUCUCUCUCUCUCCCCCUCCCUCUCUCGUUCCUCUAUUUCCACACUCCCUCACUCUCUCUAUCACUCCCUCGUUCCUCUCUCUCUCGUUCCCCUCUCCCUCUCUCAUUCCUCCCUCCCUCUCUCAUUCCUCCCUCUCUCGUUCCUCUCUCCCUCUCUCGUUCCUCCCUCGUUCCUCUCUUCAUUUAGCUGGCGGUGGUCGGCAUAGCAACAGGCGUCAGAGAUGGCACUGUGCUGUUUUCUCUCCCUCCUCUCUCUUCCUGUGUUCAGUGAUUAUUAGUAUAAGAAACAGUUUAUACAUUUUUCAGAAUUAAAACUAUUUUUAAAAAGUCCACGAUUUUUAGAACGACAUUGUUUCGAGUGUUUGGCCGAGGCGUGGUCAUUCAACCGGGACACUGCUUUUUCCCUCAGAUCUAGCAACAAUGAGAUCCCGAGAGCUGCCUCUGAUCUCAACCUCUCUAUUCACUUGAGACGAGGGAUGAACCGAUCUAGCUUUUUCGAUACCGAUACAAACUGAUGCCAAGCGAUACCAGAGCAGAGACUGAAAAGAGCAUUUAUUUCAUUUAAACCAAAACCGACUAUGACCAGUAAAAAGUCUUAUUACAUCAGUUUAAAUGUCUAAACAGGAUAUGGACUGAACGAUAUUUGGAAGCCGAUAUCUAACACCAGUAUCGGAUCGGCGCGUCCCUGCUUGAGACUGGCCAGGAUUUCAUUCCUAAAACAUUGUAGUAACCUCUAUGAAUCAUUUAUUUGUAGUUAAAUGGAAUGAUCCAAAAAAGUCUAAAUUUAAACGGCCGAAGGACCAAACCUCCUGCGUCCUCCCCCUCAGCUGGUGCAAUCGAGCACUCGUGCACUCGUGUACUCAUGUACUUCUUGUCUCUGAGUCCGGGGUCUCAGAUGGUGACUAGUGACUUUGUAAAAAACUAAAAUAACAAAAAAAAAGUCUUAAAAAAUGGUCAAAAAGUUGUGGUGUUAGCAUGAGAGGCUCCUCCUGUGCCGUGUGUGUGCCGUCGUGCGUGUGUGUGUCCUCAGGUCCUUAAAGGGGUUUCAAAAGCACCUAUCCGUGGGUUUCUGACUCUCCUAUUAACACCGUUGCCAUGACAAUUAACAAUUCCAAACAAAACAUUGAAUUAUUGUUUUGGUCCCACGUUAUGACAACUUAAUAUCUUAAUUAAACCAGGAUUAACGCAUGUGUGCUUUACUAAGGCCGUUAAAAGGUCUAGUGAUUAUAAAGUCUUUUUGAGUGGUCCUCAAAAUGGCACCACAAAACAGGAAGUUGAAACCCAUGAAUAUCCCGCCUUCCUUUUCUCCUCUAUCACUUCUUCUUCUCACACUUUUUCACUCCGCUACAGAACGCCGUAGCAUUUACUCCCUGAUCCCUGUAUCUUCUGUCACUUCCCCUGUUCUGACUCGAGGCCUGUGUAAAGAGGACAGUUGGUAUUAGUAUUUUUGCACUCUGCUCGCUGAUAUAAUGAACUUACAAACAUGGCGCCCGCACUCUGGUCCCUCUACAACAAUCCACUACCAGAGUCUUGUUUCCUCACCACAGAAUAUCAUUUCAAAACAGCAGAAAUUACACCAGUUCUGAAUUUUAAUCUGCGUUUUUUAAAUUUUAACUAUACAUAUACUCAUGCUUUUUUGUGACUUUUCUAAGACAUUUCAUUCUCGUUUCCAGCAAAAUGAUGAGAUGAGCCAGUGAAGUGGAAAAAUUUAUUUCAAGUGCCAUUGUCUCACUUCACUGGCACUGGACAUUUUGUUGGAAAAAUAGAAAAAUCAUGUUGCCUAGAAAUAAGUCACAUGGUCUGGGUAAACGUAUAUUCACCUGGGUCAAUCAAACCCACUCAGAUCAGUAUUAUCUGAAUUGGAAGCAGACACUCCUUGCUGCUGUGUUCUUGGGUGGCAGCUCGGCUCUAACAGCGCCUCCUCGUGAGUGGGAUGGAAACCCUGGACUGGAGUGUGUUCGGGAUCGGAGCGCCUGUGCCAGACUGUGGGGAGUGACUGUGUCGUGUCAGCUGAUGGUUAGUGUUGUUCUAAUCUGCUGGACUCCCUCUGUGAACCUGUGGAUGGUGCCAUUGCUUCAAAAGAUUAAAAAAAGUAAUGUUAUGUUUUAAAAAUGUUAUGUUUUAAUUUACAUUUAUAUUAUGUUUUUGUUUGUUUUUGUUAUCCGAGGGUUUCGAAGUUCAAAGGUCAUGAAAUGUCCAGGGACCUGUUGAAAUGUGCACUCCUCUUUUCUUGAAAUGUGGUUCUGUUGGUCCAAAAAUUGUGUGCCAAAUUGUAUGUAUGUACUUUCUCCUCUGUCGAAGCUUUGGAUAUUAACACUGCAUAAAAAUAUUAAGACAAUUA